GUGUGUGUUCGUGAAUGCGCGUGUGUGUGGGAUUACCAAACUGGCGGCACCGACACAGCUGGCAAGGGCCGACGAGGAGAUGACGUCAGCAGAGCAAGCCCUCAAGGGGGCGCCAGGUACGAUCCCAAACUACGGCGCUGUAGAACAUGACCCCCUCCUGCCCGUGAUGGGGGAGCACUGUCGCGUAUACAGAAGGCGAUGGCUUGUGCUGACUCUAUUUGCUCUAUGUUCCUGCGCCAAUGCAGCCCACUGGAUCCAGUAUUCCAUCAUAGCCAAUGUGUGUAUGUACUAUUAUGAUGUCAGCGCCAUCUAUAUCAACUGGACGUCUAUGAUAUUCAUGGCUGUCUACAUACCAUUGGUCUUCCCUGCUUCGUGGAUUUUGGAGAGAAAGGGUUUGAGAGUUGCAGUGAUCCUAGGAGCCCUUCUUAUGUGUGUUGGUGCUUGGAUAAAGGUGUUUUCUGCUCAGCCUGACAGAUUUGCCUUGACGUUCCUGGGCCAGACUAUGGUAGGAGUGGCUCAGAUGUUCACGUUAGGAGUGCCUUCUAGACUGGCGGCUGUGUGGUUCCCGGCACACCAAGUAUCUACAGCCUGUGCCAUCGGCGUAUUUGGUAACCAGCUAGGGAUUGCCAUUGGGUUUCUGGUGCCGCCUGCAAUAGUGGACGAUGUGAAAGACAAGUUCUUGAUCGGAGAACAACUUCAACUGCUGUACUUUGGUAUGGCUCUGGCCCCCACCAUUGUACUAAUCCUGAUUGUCUUAUUGUUUGAAGCCCAACCACCAAUUCCUCCCAGUGUUGCUCAGCUGAUUUCUCGCAAGAAAGAGAGAGAAGGCAAAGACACAAACUAUCUCACCUCUGUCAAACAAGUGAUUGGCAACUCAGACUUUUCCUUGCUUCUGGUCAGCUUUGGAUUCAACAUCGGUGUGUUCUACGCGUACUCCACCUUGCUUAACCAACAGCUGGAAGGACUACCUUGGGGAUUCGAGAACGCAGGCAGAGUCGGUCUCACACUUAUCCUCGGAGGAAUGGUCGGCUCAGUUGUCUGGGGCAUGGUGCUGGACAAGACUCACAUGUACAAAGAGACUACAGUUGGUAUAUACAUCAUGGCUGUGAUUGGAAUGUUGGGAUACACGUUUGCUCUGCAUUCUGAACGCUUAGCUCUAGUCUACUUCACAUCAGCUUUCCUUGGGUUCUUCAUGAACGGCUACCUAACGGUCGGUUAUGAGUUUGGAGCAGAGUUGACGUUCCCUCACGCGGAGACAACGUCGUCAGGUCUACUCAACGCAGUAGGGGAGCUGUUUGGAGUAGCAGCUGUACUUGUGGCGGGGGUCGUGCUAGAGACUUACGGCCCAACUGCUACCAACCUCGCACUCACAGCUGUGCUGGCAGGGGGGUUGGUCACCCUGGCUCCUAUAUCUAGAGACAGGUUGCAAAGAUUGGCAGCAAGUAGAGUUCACCCCGAGGACAGCACAAUGAAUGAUUUUCAAAUCUAACUAAAAUGUUCUUAGGGGUUUUAUAAAUUAACAUAGUUUCUGUACAUUUUAUAGAACGUUGAUUAAAUAAUUUGUUAAGUUUUGUAGAAUUUAUAAUCGUUACAUUGCAUAUGAUUUUUAGAUGCUAAGUUUUUACAAAGGUCAGGUUUUUGUGAUAAGAUGACAAAUAAUUGAAGACAGAAAGUGAUAAGAUAGGUAUCGCAGGGGUGUGCGAAGCAGCAAAAACUUUAGAUUUGAAGCAAAGAUUCGAUUCAAAAGAUUUUCAAUUAGAAUCGAUGCAACUUGAUUCGAAGCAAUACAGAAUUUUCUAUUCAUACUUGUCUAUGGAGAGAAAUAACAAUACUGUAGUCUAAUUCAAAUUUACCACAUUUGUGUAAUGCAAAUUUUUGUUGAUGUGGUACUUGCCUAUUUCAUAAUUUUUACUUGCAGAAUCAUAUUGUUAAGCUUGUUACUUAUUUUAUAAUAUUGAUUUAACAAAUAAAGAUAUGUUUUGAUGUGUACAAAAAUACCAAAUUUAUCAGUCUAAAACAUCAAUCUUGCUAGUUAAGUAUCAAGUAAAAAAUGUUUAGACUUGUGUUAUUUUUAGAAUGAUUUUGGAGUGACUUGUUUUGGCAAUGUUUACAGAAGUAAAACAUGUCUCACACUGCUUACACCUAACAAAACCUCUCAUCAUUUGCAAUGUCAAAACAAAAAGUUAUAAAACAAUUAAAGCAAUACUGUAUUUACAAGCAAAGAAUUCAUUAAAUAAGAACACCUUCGCAAAGGAAACACAACAACGCUCUGCUGUAUUGCGGGUAUUGCAUUGGUUUUCUAUAGGCGUUUUUCGUAUAUGGACACUGACUCCCUCAUGAAUUGGAUCGUUUUUUGAUCACCGCUGAACCGAAUCGCGAUUCGAUGCAUAAAAUCAAAUAGGAAUUUACAUGUGUUUUCGAUGCAUCGCACAUCCUUUGAUCUUUUAAGAUACUUAAGGACAUUAUUAUGGUUAGAUACAUUUUAUGUAAAUAAUAGGUAUGAAAAAAGAGUUUGCAUGCUAGGGAUAGAUCAAGUGUAGGCAUACAGUACAGUACUUUUGUUUAGUUUUCAAUAAUCUUCACCUUGAAUUUGCAAACUAAUUUUUACCUCAUCUUUGACAUAAGCUUACUAAAGUUUUUAAGAACCAAUCAAGUAUAUACUUCUGUAUAUAGGUAAUUUUAACACCUAAAUAAAUAGUUGCAUUUUAUACUUUGUAUUAUAAAUAAUAUUAGCAGUAUUUUAUUAAUUAGCUAUAGAACCAAUAUUGUAAUAAGUAGGCUACGUUAUGAAACUAUUGUGAUAAAUAUAUCAGUAAGGACUUUAAUGUAAUUUUAAAACAUAUUAAAUAAGACUAUAUAAAUAAUAAAGCUAUUUUGUAUUUCAGCCAAGGUUUGCUGUAAGUAAUUAUGUGUGAUUGUGUUAUCAAUAGGAUUAAAAUUUUAAUUUAUUGAAUGUUUUGUAUAUUUCCAUAGUGCAGUGUAUAUUUGUUGACAUUUAUGGUAUUAGCUACCAUAUUUUUGAUUGUAAUUUUACAUAAUUUAUUGCUAUGUUACUUUUAAACAAAAAAAUUGUUAUUAAGUAAAUAAAAUCUUGAUCGUCCGAUAA